UUUCCCUCCAGCAGCAGUCCACUCGAGUUCUGUCUGUCUGAAACCAAACCCAAAACCCCUUCCCUCGUUUUUCCUUCUCCACCUUUCAACCGUCUCAGAAAAAAAAUGAGUAUGAGGCCAAAUCGGUGAGUAGAGCACAAGGCUAUCUAUCUCCUCCCCUUUCUCAAAAUGCCAAUUUCGUCUCGCCUCCAUCUCUUUGCAAGACCGUUACUCUCUUCCUCUCUCCUUUACCCUUCGCACCAGAACGGAAUUAGAAAAACAUUGAUGAGGAUUGGCAUGAUGACCUACUCGUUUUCUUCUACAGUUUCAGCUGAAGCUUCGGGUUUAGAAUGUGAUGCGAUCUAUGAUGAUGUCAAAGCAGCGGAGAAAAAUAACGCACUUUGCUUGGCUGUCUCGCAGCUUGCUAGUGAGUUUAGCAAGGAGUCGAUGUUAUCUUUGCGGAAGUUUUUUGGUGUACGCUAUGCCAAUGUGGUAUCUACUGGCUCUUUGAAGCUUGACUUAGCUCUUGGAGUUGGAGGAUUACCGAAGGGUAGGAUUGUUGAAAUUUAUGGACGAGAAGCUGCUGGUAAGACAACUCUUGCCCUUCAGAUUAUUAAAGAAACUCAAAAGCUUGGAGGAUAUUGUGCAUAUCUUGAUGUAGAAAGUGCAUUAGACCUUUCACUUGUGGAGUCAAUGGGUGUAAAUACCAAAAACCUUCUCAUCUCAAAUCCAGACUGUGCAGAAAAUUUGUUGAGCAUGGUUGAUACAUUAACAAAAAGUGGAGCUGUAGACGUGAUUGUGGUUGAUAGUGUUGCUGCUCUUGUCCCCAAAUGCGAACUUGAUCAAUUGGGAGUUGCUACGAGUCAUGAUUUACAUUCACGAAUGAUGACUCAAGCUCUACGGAAAAUUAAUUAUUCAUUAUCUCGCUCACAAACUCUCUUAGUUUUUGUUAAUCAGGUUAGAUUUAGUCCAAGAUUAUUUGGGGGACAUGGACCUAUGGAAGAGGUCACUUGUGGUGGAAAUGCUUUGAGAUUCUAUGCAGCGGUUCGAUUGCGACUUUCAAGAAUGGGAUUGAUCAAAACUGAAGAUAAGGUUGAGGGUAUUACGGUAUGUUGCCAAGUAGUAAAAAAUAAACUAGCACCCGCAGCAAUGAAGAAAGCCGAACUAGGUAUCAAGUUUGGAAGAGGCUUUUGCCACGAAUCAGAGGUCUUUGAUUUGGCUUGUGAACACGGACUCAUUAUGAAAGACGAGGGGAACUAUUUUAUUGAAGGGGUGGCUCUUAGUAGUAGAGAAGCUGCCGAACAUUUUUUGGUUAAAAAUAAGAAGAUUUGUGACAAGUUAGUUAUGGACAUGAAAAGACUUUAUCUUUAAAAAUCGGUUAAACCUCCAAAUCUUCCAUGGACAUUCUAAGCCAAACUGCAGUCAUUAUAUUCAUUCUCAAGGCAUCAAUCCAGUAUUAACUUCAAUAGGCAUCAAUGACACUGUAGACAAGUAACUGCUUUUAAGUUACAGGAAUCGUCAACCGCUAUAAUGUGACUAUAUGACCCUUUUAAUCUAGGUGUGGAGUACUGCAAAGUCGAAGUACCAGAAGUUAAGUUUGAUUACUCUUUGUAAACUAUUUGAAAUAUUUUUAUUUAUUUGGAAAUAUUUAUUGUAUCAUUUGUCAGAGAAAGGUUACAAUUGCAGGGCUGCAAUGUAAAUGAUGAACUGCCUUAAAUUUUACUUUUCUGAA